UUCACUAUAUAUAACCGUCUCUGGCAUCUUCUAAAACAUCCUGUAACUUUAAACCUGAGAUCAUUUUUUUUAUGGGCGACCAAGCAGAGUGCAGAGGGCGGGCCUUCCUUUCAGGACCACUUUGAACGCCCCCCCCCCCCAGCCCACAGUUAAAGGGGGGAAAUGCUGAGUCCAUUCUCAGUAUCUUUCGUUCGUGCUGUCAAUGCUUCUGAGAAACUAGAGAGCAGCUUUUUCGACCAGGGAAGGAGGAAGCAGACCCAAACUUUUGCGAAACGAAUCGACAUUUGGCAUAACUGGAUUGCUCAAGGCUGGAAUUAGUUAUUUGUUGCCUGCUUUUUCUUUUGAAAAGAGCAACGAUCAAAGAUGUUUCUUAAAAUGGAACUCAUCGUCUUCCUGAUCGGGAGCGUGUCUUUCUGUGUCUUUGCUGAGGAAGCAAGUACACCUUUAUUCGAAGAAGAAGCGGUAACUGCUGAUAUCAAGGAUGGUACCGAAGGACCCACUGUGGCGCUGAUGACUUCAGACGGCAUCCUUUCAACCAGUGAUGGUGGUGAGAAUUCAACAGAACCAAAUGCUACAGAAACCUCUGACGAUGGCCUGGAAACAGCUGCGUUGGUUGGUAUUAUCAUAGGCAUCAUCAUUGCAAUAGGAGUUGCUACUGCGAUCAUCCUGACGGUUGUGAAGAAGAUGUCAGGAAGGCCCUGAGAGUCUUUGAAGAGAAGAACAGGGGAUUCUCAUCAGAAAAUGCCGUCCUCCAUUCUGAGCAACUCUCCUCCUGUGCUAACAGUGGAAGAUGAUCCAUGGAACCACUGACUGAGGACUUGACAGCCUGUGGAGAUCCCACACAAUUCCCUGGAGUGAGGUUUUAUAAGUUUACCCAGGGGAAGAAAAGGAAAAAAAAGGAACUUGCUCACCUACAAUAGAUAUAAGUGGAAUGGGGAAAAUUGCACAGUGGGAACGAUUUUAAAAAGAAGAACAAGUAAAGCUCUUUACCUCUACAGUGCUGUUUACAGGUAUUAUUAUUAUUAUUGUAUACACUUGCGAGUGACAAUUUAUGGAAGGCCCCGAAGCAAGCUGGUUUCUGCACGUGGUAUCAUGUAGCGGUUUUGGGGAGUUAUUUUGGUUUCAAUUCAGUGGUGCACUGAGGGUCGAACUCUGGAGCAAGUGUCCCACUUAGCAGGAUAGGGAGGAGGACCCCCAAACACAGCAGGGCUGGCUUACUACAACUUUAUACAUAUUACCAUCUAAAGAGGACCCUCCCUGUAUUAGCAUUAUAUAUAGAUGAGGGCCACAUAAAACAUUAAAUGUGCAAUCCUAUCCAUGUUGAGACAGAAAAAAAGGUCCUACAACUCCCAGCAUU